CCGCGGCGGCGCGGGCCGAGGAGCGCGGCCGGGAGGAUGUCGGCGGGCGGCCGCGACGAGGAGCGGCGGAAGCUGGCGGACAUCAUCCGGCACUGGAACGCCAACCGGCUGGACCUGUUCGAGAUCAGCCAGCCCACCGAGGAUUUGGAGUUCCAUGGAGUGAUGAGAUUUUAUUUUCAAGAUAAAGCUGCUGGAAACUUUGCAACGAAAUGCAUUAGGGUGUCUAGUACUGCUACCACCCAGGAUGUCAUCGAGACGCUGGCGGAGAAAUUCCGGCCUGACAUGCGGAUGCUGUCGUCCCCCAAGUACUCCCUCUAUGAAGUGCACGUCAGUGGAGAAGAAAGAAGAUUGGAUAUAGAUGAGAAGCCCCUUGUUGUUCAGUUGAAUUGGAAUAAGGAUGAUCGAGAGGGCAGAUUUGUUCUUAAGAAUGAGAAUGAUGCCCUUCCUCCUAAGAAGGCUCAAAGCAACGGACCUGAAAAGCAGGAGAAAGAAGGUGUUAUCCAGAACUUCAAGAGAACUCUCUCAAAGAAAGAAAAGAAGGAGAAAAAGAAGAGAGAAAAAGAGGCAGUGAGGCAGGCAUCUGAUAAGGAUGAUGGGCCUUUCCAGGGGGAUGACAUUGAGAAUUCCCGUCUGGCCGCUGAGGUUUACAAAGACAUGCCGGAGACCAGCUUUACGCGAACGAUUUCGAAUCCGGAGGUCGUCAUGAAGCGGCGCCGGCAGCAGAAGCUGGAAAGGAGGAUGCAGGAGUUCCGGAGCUCGGACGGGCGGCCGGACUCAGGUGGAACAUUGAGAAUUUAUGCAGAUAGUUUAAAACCAAAUAUUCCAUACAAGACAAUCCUGCUGUCUACCACGGACCCUGCAGACUUUGCUGUGGCUGAAGCUUUAGAGAAAUACGGUCUGGAGAGAGAAAACCCAAAGGAUUACUGCAUUGCCCGGGUUAUGCUUCCUCCUGGAGCCCAGCAUUCUGAUGAAAAAGGUGCUAAAGAAAUUGUCCUUGAUGACGAUGAGUGCCCUUUACAGAUCUUCAGGGAGUGGCCGAGUGACAAAGGGCUUUUAGUCUUUCAGUUGAAGAGGAGGCCACCAGACUAUAUCCCAAAGAAAACUAAGAAACACGGCGAUGGGAAGCUGGCGAAGGGCAAGGAGAAAGUGGAGGGGUCAGGCUAUGGCUCUGCACUUCCGCCCGAGAAGCUGCCCUAUUUAGUAGAGCUAAGCCCAGGGAGAAGGAAUCACUUUGCCUGCUACAACUAUCACACUUACGAAGAUGGCUCGGACUCCAGAGAUAAACCCAAGCUUUACCGCCUUCAGCUGAGCGUCACCGAGGUUGGGACGGAAAAGUUCGACGAGGACUCCAUCCAGCUCUUUGGAUCAGGAAUUCAGCCCCAUCACUGUGACCUCACAAACAUGGAUGGAGUGGUCACUGUCACGCCAAGAAGCAUGGACGCUGAGACUUACGUGGAAGGACAGCGCAUCUCAGAGACGACCAUGCUGCAGAGUGGGAUGAAAGUGCAGUUUGGGGCCUCACAUGUGUUCAAGUUUGUGGACCCCAGCCAGGACCACGCUCUGGCAAAGAGAUCUGCGGAUGGGGCCCUGACGGCCAAGGCUCCCAGACAAAAGCCUGGAAUUGUUCAAGAGACAACUUUCGAUUUAGGCGGAGAUGUUCACAGCGGAACAGCGUUACCAACAAGCCAGAGCGCCACGAGGCUGGACGGCGACCGGGCAGUGCCUGCCUCCGGCUCGGCGGAGCGUGGGAUGGUGAAGCCGAUGAUCAGAGUGGAGCAGCAGGACCGCCGGCAAGAGAGCAGAACUCAGGACGCUCCUGGGCCCGAGCUGGUACUGCCUGCGAGCAUCGAAUUCAGGGAGAGUUCUGAAGAUUCAUUUUUAUCUGCCAUCAUAAACUAUACUAAUAGCUCUACAGUCCAUUUUAAGUUGUCCCCUACAUAUGUGUUAUACAUGGCGUGUCGGUAUGUAUUGUCCAGCCGGUGCAGACCCGACGCCAGCCCCAGCGAGCGCGCUCACAGAGUGACCGCCACGGUCCACAAGAUGGUGAGCAUGAUGGAGGCGGUGAUCCAGAAGCAGAAGAAUAUUGCAGGAGCACUUGCCUUCUGGAUGGCCAACGCGUCUGAGCUGCUCAACUUCAUUAAACAGGACCGAGAUCUUAGUCGAAUCACACUGGACGCCCAAGACAUUUUAGCACACUUGGUUCAGAUGGCGUUUAAAUACCUAGUUCACUGUCUUCAGUCAGAACUGAAUAAUUACAUGCCAGCCUUUCUGGAUGACCCUGAAGAGAACAGCCUGCAAAGACCAAAAAUAGAUGACGUCUUACACACGCUCACGGGAGCCAUGUCUCUGCUGCGGCGCUGCCGAGUCAACGCGGCCCUGACCAUCCAGCUCUUCUCGCAGCUCUUCCACUUUAUCAACAUGUGGCUCUUCAACCGGCUGGUCACCGACCCCGAGUCGGGGCUGUGCUCCCACUACUGGGGGGCGAUUAUCCGCCAGCAGCUGGGACACGUGGAAGCCUGGGCGGAGAAGCAGGGCUUGGAGCUGGCGGCGGAUUGCCACCUCAGCCGCAUAGUGCAGGCAACCACUCUGCUCACAAUGGACAAGUACUCAGCGGAGGACAUUCCGACCGUCAACAGCACGUGCUUCAAGCUGAACUCCCUGCAGCUGCAGGCCCUGUUACAGAACUACCACUGCGCGCCCGACGAGCCCUUCGUCCCUGCGGACCUGAUCGAGAACGUGGUGGCUGUGGCCGAGAACACGGCGGACGAGCUGGCGCGCAGUGACGGCAGGGAGGUGCAGCUGGAGGAGGACCCUGAUCUGCAGCUGCCUUUCCUGCUGCCAGAAGACGGCUACUCUUGCGACGUCGUCAGGAACAUUCCCAACGGCCUGCAGGAAUUCUUAGACCCUCUGUGCCAGAGAGGAUUUUGUAGGUUAAUUCCUCAUGCACGCUCACCAGGCACCUGGACGAUCUACUUUGAAGGUGCAGAUUACGAGAGCCACCUUCUGCGCGAGAGCACGGAGCUGGCUCAGCCUCUGAGGAAAGAACCUGAAAUCAUCACUGUGACUCUGAAAAAGCAAAACGGGAUGGGUCUCAGCAUUGUCGCAGCGAAGGGCGCUGGUCAGGACAAACUCGGAAUCUACGUCAAGUCUGUUGUAAAAGGAGGCGCUGCGGAUGUGGAUGGACGCCUGGCUGCGGGCGACCAGCUCCUCAGCGUGGACGGACGGAGUCUGGUAGGACUCUCUCAAGAAAGGGCGGCAGAACUCAUGACAAGAACAAGUUCUGUGGUGACGCUAGAAGUAGCAAAGCAGGGAGCAAUUUAUCACGGCCUGGCCACCUUGCUCAAUCAGCCGUCCCCCAUGAUGCAGAGAAUUUCAGACCGUCGUGGCUCAGGUAAACCCCGACCAAAGAGUGAAGGUUUCGAGCUCUAUAAUAAUUCAGCCCCAAACGGAUCACCUGAGAGCCCUCAGCUGCCGUGGGCAGAAUACAGUGAACCUAAGAAACUGCCGGGUGACGACAGACUGAUGAAGAACCGGGCCGAUCACCGCUCCAGCCCCAACGUGGCAAAUCAGCCUCCGAGCCCCGGAGGGAAGAGCACGUACACCCCCGGAACAACCGCCAAGAUCACGUCCGUCUCCACCGGGAACCUCUGCACGGAGGAGCAGACCCCCCCACCGAGACCGGAGGCCUACCCCAUCCCCACACAGACGUACAGCCGGGAGUACUUCACCUUCCCUGCCUCCAGAUCCCAGGACCGGGUGGCGGCUCCUCAGAACCAGUGGCCAAGUUACGAGGAGAAGCCGCACAUGCACACAGACAGUAAUCAUUCCAGUGUCGCAGUUCAGCGUGUUACCCGUUCCCAAGAAGAACUUCGGGAGGACAAAGCUUACCAGCUAGAGCGGCGUCGAGUCGAGGCGGCCUUGGACCGCAAGUCCGAUAGCGACAUGUGGAUCCAUCAGAGCCCCUCCGUGGGCUCCAGCGCCUCCAGCCAGGAGCACCUGGACCACUCCUCCAAGUCAGGCACCCCCGCGUCCACUCUGACCAAAAGUGGCCCUGGGCGCUGGAAGACGCCAGCCGCCGUGCAGCCUGUGCCAGUGGCCGUGUCCCAGCCGGUCCAAACAGACCUGCCCCCACCGCCCCCGCCGCCUCCCACGCACUAUGCCGGGGACGUGGACGGAAUCCCUGUGGACUUGCCUCUCCCUCUGCCUCCCGCCGGCCAGACGGGACCCGCCGCCGCCCAGGCGGCGGCCGCAGAGCGCAGGAAGCGGGAGGAGCACCAGCGCUGGUAUGAGAAGGAGAAGGCCCGGCUGGAAGAGGAGCGGGACAGGAAGCGCAGGGAGCAGGAGCGGAAGCUGGGCCAGAUGCGCUCCCAGUCCCUGAACCCAGCCCCGUUUUCCCCGGGGACCGUCCCCCACGUGAAGCCGGAGAAGCCCUCCGCGCUGCAGAGGCCCCAGGAGACGGUCAUUCGGGAGCUGCAACCCCAGCUGCAGCCGCGCACCAUCGAACGCAGAGACCUGCAGUACGUCACGGUCAGCAAGGAGGAGCUGUCGUCGGGAGACAGCCUCUCCCCGGACCCGUGGAAGCGGGACGCCAGGGAGAAGCUGGAGAAGCAGCAGCAGAUGCACAUCGUGGACAUGCUGAGCCGCGAGAUCCAGGAGCUGCAGAGCAGGCCUGAGCGCAGCGCGGAGGAGAGCGACCGCCUGCGGAAGCUCAUGCUGGAGUGGCAGUUCCAGAAGAGGCUGCAGGAGUCCAAACAGAAGGACGAGGAGGAUGAGGACGAGGAGGACGACGACGUGGACACCAUGCUGAUCAUGCAGCGCCUCGAGGCUGAGCGGAGAGCGAGGGACGAGGAGCGGAGGCGCCAGCAGCAGCUGGAAGAGAUGCGCAGGAGGGAAGCCGAGGACCGCGCCAGGCAGGAGGAUGAGCGGCGCCGCCAGGAGGAGGAGAGAACAAAGCGUGAUGCUGAAGAAAAGAGGCGACAGGAAGAAGGCUACUACGGCCGCCUGGAAGCUGAGAGGCGCAGACAGCACGCUGCAGCCGAGCGCAGGGUGCUGGAGCCCGAGGAGCCGGGUCUGUGCAGACCUCCGCUUCCGCGGGGCUAUGAGCUCCCGUCGCCGACCCCUCCGGCUUCCGCCCCUCCUCCCCCGCCUCAGCGGACCGCCUCCUCCCUCCAGGCCCCGGCCCUCUCCCCAGACUCCCUGUACACCGCCAGGCUCGUUUCGUACCACGAGGAGGAGGAGGAGGAGGAGCCCUGCAGUCUGGCAGGACCCAACUCUUACAUGGGAUCGGCUGGGACAGCUGUUGGGGCCCAUGAUGCUUACCGGGAUCCGAGAGAGAGACCGUCUAAAAGCCACGAUGCGGACUUGCCCGGAAGCUCGGGAGCCCCUGAAAACUUGACAUUCAAAGAGCGCCAGCGUCUUUUUUCACAAGGUCAAGAUGUGUCCAACAAAGUCAAAGCCUCUCGUAAAUUGACAGAACUGGAAAACGAACUGAACACAAAAUGAGCCGAGGAUGAGGUGCCCGGGCCACCCCAGGGUCCUGGGGGUGUGGCUCCGGAGGACAGGCUCGGCGAGGAGGCCACACCGGCAUGCCCGAGUCACCGAAGCGCCAUUUUGGAGUCGGCUGGGCCCCAAAGACGGUCCUGUUCCAAGAAGUUCUUUUCUUUCACCAAGAGAUGAUCAUUUAUACGAUGUAAACACUGUCUCAUUUCUUAAUUACCUGACUCACAGGAAGAUAAGUUUUUUGUUUCUUUUUUUAAAGUCUGAGUGGGAGACGGGAGAAUGCUGGGCAGGAGAGCACAGUGGGGACAUGUCUUCCCCCCAGCCCUGCGUGUCGCAGAGGCCGUGUGCGUGCUGUGUCGUUCACGAUGCUGCGGCCGUGGGGUGGGGACCAGCUUGAACUGCCCAGACCUUGUUUGCACUAUGGGGGAGCAGCUGCAGACCACGUGCCCAGAGGGUGACCUGUCCCCUUCCAGGAGAGAGAGCCUCUGGGGGACCGCCCCCUCACCUGCCCCCCAUGGGUGGUCGCCAGGCAGCUCAGACCCACAUGGCCCAAAAGGGAGGUGGUGCCUGUCAGGCCCCUGCCCCUGUCCUCCUUCCCUCUGGGGACAGCCCUCCUGGGAUUUCUACAUACAUGAUUUUUUAAAAAAUGCUCCAAGAAGACAAUUUUGAGGAUUUAAGCUUAGGAUAUUUUAUUUUUAUAAAUGCCAGAGUAUUGUUAGGCUAAUAAAUCAUUGGUGAUUUUGAAGAUGGCAGUUAAGUUAGUUCACAGAAGAUUUCGACUCUUCAGGGGCCCCUGAAACAAGGAUGUUUAUCUGGGCCGUAUUGAUGUGGAGAGAAACGGAAGCAUCUGAGAGGGAUGGGUGGUUAGGGACGCCUGAGCACGGGGCUGCAGAGGAGGGCCGAGUUGCGGCCGCGGGCUGUCCCGGAUGGAAGGCUCGUUGACAUGUGGUGUCUGUGACUGAAAAUGUCGGACAGACUCGUGCGGCAGUUCAAGCCUUUUUUUUUUUUUUUUUUUUUUAACAUCAAAUAGAAAGUUAUUUAAUAUUCAUGUGAGUCACUGGUGAUCACUGUUGUCUCCCCAGCUGUGACCGUGUGGCUGAUGCUGGGGAGACGGAGCUCACUGGGUUUCAUCCCGUGUGCUCGGACAGUGCUGAAUUACCUUGUGGUAAUGAGCAGACCUCUUAUGUGACAAGCCCUGCUGUAGGAUCUCCAUGAUUCUUCUCUACCAGAUUGUUCUCUUACAGAUACGUAUGUUAGGGAAAUGCACACUUUCAAGUAGAAGAGGGAGGCUUUCUAGCCGUAGAAAUCACUUUAAUGAGAGCUGCACGAUUAAUCACUGAAAUGUGAGUGUAAAUAUUCUUAUGUCGAUCAGGGUUCUUAUCUGGAAGUGUGCUCUCACCAUUCCCCUUGUCUAAGGGAGUCACGCGGUGGCACUAAGUGUUGAUGAAGGAUGUGGGUGUCUGCUCUGGAGGCUUCAGGAAAAGCAGGCCCUACCCGGGGCACUCGCGAACACUGGCCACCUUACAGGGACGAAAUCCACGCUUUCUUUGACGAAAAGACACAGAUGAGUGACUUUUCUGUUAAUACACACACCUAAGUACCUGCAAGUACAUGUAAAUCCUGGCAUACGGGGGUGUGUGUGCGUGUGUCGUCAGGCCUGUGAGCAGGUGGGCCGGGCUGCCCUUGAGUGAUGGGUCAGAUGUGAACACGUGCUUUUCAGGACUGUGCGUCACUGUGGCCGUCACAGCUGCUGUACCUCCCCAUUUCUACUGUGCUUCAUCUGCAAUCUAUUUUUAAUAAACU